CGAAGAUGGAGACAAAAGUGAAUCAUAAUAGAUCAAAACAAAAAAAACAAGAUUGGUGCAAAAGUUGUGAAAAGUUUCGUUUUAUGAUGCAUCUUUGAUUAGAGUUACAAAAAAGAGAUACUCGCUCAUAGUUCAUACUUCAGAAUGGAGUUACAUUUUUCAUCAACCUCUCAUUAUCUACGCGUUGUUCUGACAUUACUAUGUGUGGUCAGUUUGUGCGUCAAUGGAGGAGAUAUAAUCGAUAUUACAGAUUCGGUUUUCGGUUCGAUGACUGACACUAUUCCUGUUGCGUAUGGUGAUUUCAAUUCGGAUGAACUUUUCGAUGUAUUCGUUUUGCGGAACAACUUCACGACGAUUCAGAUUCUCUUUGGGAGUGAUGAUAAACCAUUACUACAGGAGGGACCAAAAUGCGAAUACAAAAACUUUCAUAUAACCAACGUAAUCCCGGGAGACUUUGACGGCGAUGCUUAUAUGGAUGUGCUAUUUACAGUUAAACAAGGUGAUGAAAACCAAUUGGUCUACAUAAACUGGGGUGGGUCGGAAUACAUGAAUUGUUCAAGGGAGGAUGACGAUCCGCUUUUUACUAUGCGAGGGCAACCGUUGGCAUUAGAUUAUGAUAAGGAUUUCAUAAUCGAUUUAUUCGGUAUGGACACUAAUGGGGAUCGCAUAUUUUGGAUUUUCAAAAAACCGAAGGAUGGUCACCGAAAACCACCAGACUUAAUUCGAAUGCAAUCCAGCACAAACGAAAAGUUGAAAGUGUUUCAUUCACAUGCUAUUGUCGAUCUGAACAAGGACUUUACCGCAGAUUUGUUGCUCACAACUGAGAGAGAUUAUGAAGUGUGGAAUGGUUCUGAAUCGAACAACGGAUUUAUUUUCAGUCAUAGAAUAAAAGCUGCUGUUGGAAACUAUGACUCGCAUAUUGGGCAAUCGAUAUUUCUAGAUGUGGAGUUGGAUGGUAAUUUGCUGCAGAUUGUACCGGUAUGCUUUGAUAGCAAAUGUAAGAAUUCUAGUAUACUGGUGCAUCAUGGAAAUCAUUUUCAUGAUCUACAUAUCGAUUUCAAAGACGACCAUAAUGACCUGUGGGGGUUUGUUGUUCCAAAUGAGUCGAAUUGGGCAACCCAAGUCAUUACUCUUCGUGGAGGCGAUUUUAAUCUGGAUGGAUACCCGGAUUUAUUAGCAACGCUAUCGAAAUCCGUAGGUCAAAUGCAAACAUUUUUAUUAGAAAACGUUUUGUGCGAGAAGCUGGCAUGUGACCACAUGAAAAGGACAUUUGUUGUUCGCUGGAAGGCUCUAGCUCCGUUUUCCAAUGGAACAAUUAUGGGAUCUUUUUAUGAUUUUUACAACGAUGGCGUCCUCGAUGCGAUAUUCGUCGAGAGGGCAGGAAAUACGACACGACCUGUGGCAUUUCGAAACUCGUUAGACUACGAUGCAAACUUUGUUAAAGUUAUUGUCCUUACGGGCUUAUCUAAUCGCACUGGACCGAAGAAAUUGACUCCCUUGGGACGAAAGAAAAGAACUUACGGAACAAAUCUUCCGGGACCGCGAAUCGAAUACAACAUCACUACUCAGGACGGUGAUCCCCAACAUGGUGCUUCGGCCCAGCUACCUCAGUCCGCUUAUUUCUCUUUGCAUCUUCCGUAUACUACAUUCGGACUCGGUCGAACGCCAAAUUUUGUUGAUUCGCUUACGGUUGGACUAUCGAAUCACUCUCGCACCUGGACGCAGCUUAUUCCCAACUCGCAAAUGAUUGUCGUUCCGCGACCCAUAGAUGAACCGGACAAAUGGAAAGCGCAGCUUUUUGUCACACCCAGUAAACUAAUUCUCAAAAGUGUGGUCGCACUCGGGGGUAUCUGCUUAGUUAUACUGCUACUGAUUUUGAUACUGUAUGCUAAGGAAAAGCGGGAAGAUAAAAUUCAAAGAUCACUAGAAGCGCAUCGGUUUCAUUUUGACGCGAUGUGAACGCACUAACCCAGAAGAAAUUAAGCACCAAGGUGAAUGAGUUGCGAUGCCUCAACUAUUUUUUAUUAGUGGUAUUAUUUAUGAGUGUGAUCAAACCCCUUUUUGAGCUAGUUAUUUUAUUGGGCAAAAUCGAAUAUUGUUUCUCAGCGCUAUGGAUAACCAAACAAUAAAUGCAAAUUCGUUUCGAAA